CCUCGUGCAGAACCACGUCAUAUUAAUUCGCAGUUGGAAGAAAAACGUUGGAAAGAGGGAAAGAUGGCACAUCGAAACAACAACACAUUUGUCGUAACCGAACAAAGGGACAGUUCCUGGACAAUAUCACCCGACUGUCUUUAGACUAACAACAUCGACACGGUGAAAAGAGUAUUUCCGAAGGGGUGUUUUGUUCAGAAAAGUCCUCCCCCAGAAUUUGACCGCACGCAUCUCUCUGGCGUUUACUGCUUUGUAAACAGACCCUCCUCUCUUGACGUCGAUGGGAACCGCGGCUCUGCGUUGAUUGUCUGUGACGUUAGUCGCACAAAGGGAGCCAGACAACGAAUGUAGCAGACAGGUGAGCGAGCCAGGUGGAAGCGAUGACAAGCCUGGCAACUAACAACAAUAAUAAUUCGACUCUUACGCCGUUCGUGGCUGUUUUGUUCCUAUAUGGAUGUAACGUUAGUCGAGCAAUUUAACGGGCAUAUCUUCAACUUGACGUUUGAUUUGAGCAAAUUCUGCGCAACGUUCAGACGGUAGCUAAUCAACUCUCCAAGCUUCUAAACAAAGCGAGCCACGUUUGUUGUUUUAUUCCUCUCGGUUAGCUAGUCUUUUUUAGCCUCAACGACGAACUGUGAUAAGGGGUACCGGUAUUCGUGUGUGAGCUCUUUAGCUCCGUUUUUUACUGGCUGGAUGAGAUGUCAUUCACGAUGGAGGAUUCUGUAGAGUCGGACUGGGUGGCCGUUCGACCAAAUGUUUUCGACGAAAAGGAAAGACACAAAUUCGUUUUUAUCGUCGCUUGGAACGAGAUCGAGGGAAAGUUCGCCAUAACCUGCCACAAUAGAACAGUACAGAAACGGUCUGCGUUUCGGGAUUCGCUCCUGGAAGACGUCGAAUGCGACCUCGCAUCCCCCGCCACACUAGCGCCCGAGGCAGACAAACGCAAAACUCCACUAAAAAGUCCCACCAAAAGAAAAGAUGACAUCUCCGCAUUGAUUAAAGUUAGAUCUAAUGUCAAACCGAAAGGGAAAAGUCCGACAAAGAGCCCCAUUCGAGAGAACACAGCCGCGGUAGGUGCCUCAUCAAGGCCAGCCGAGAGUGUUAUCAAAACACUUACGUUAGGGUCGUGGGACAUCGUGCCCUCUAAGAUGACCGACAUCGAGGUCUUGGAACCAGCGGAUGUCUCCGGGUUGCCUCGCUCCUCGGACGACGGCGACGGAGAGGAGUCUGAUAGCAGCCGAGAGGGCUACAGCUGGGCAGGUCUGUUCGCCUUCCAGGACGUGCGGGCAGCCCACGCCCAGCUCUGCGCUGUCAACUCGGACCUGGAGCCCUGUCUGCCCCCUUUCCCCGAGGAGCAGUCAGGCAUGUGGACGGUGCUAUUUGGGGCCCCUGAGGUAUCUCAACGGGAGACAGACGCUCUGUGUUACCAACUACAGGUGUACCUGGGCCAUGCUCUGGACACCUGCGGCUGGAAGAUUCUCGCCCAGGUGCUAUUUACAGAGAGUGAUGACACAGAAGAGUACUAUGAGAGUUUGAGUGAGCUGAGACAGAAGGGAUAUGAGGAGGCUCUCCAGCGGGCCAAGAAACUGCUCCAAGAGCUGCUGGAGAGGCACCGGGCCAUGGAGAGUAUGGUGGAGCUGCUGCAGGUGUAUCCAGAGGAGGACGAGGCCUACGGAGAGUUACUGGAGGCUACAACACAACUCUACCACUACCUACUGCAGCCCUUCAGAGACAUGAGAGAACUGGCCAUGCUGCGCAAACAGCAGAUCAAGAUCUCCCUGGAGACGGAGCGUCUGGGGCCUCGUCGCGUGGAGGGACUGAGGAGGGAGGAUGAGGAGUGGACGAGAAAGGCUCACGCCGCCGUCCUCUCCAUACAGGAUCUCACCGUCAAGUUCUUCGAGACCACCGCCAGGGCUCAGAAAGCGGUUUACGAGCGGAUGCGUGUGGACCAGAGGAAGUUUGGCAAGGCGGCGUGGGCUGCAGCCGUGGACCGCAUGGAGCGUCUGCAGUACGCCGUGUCCAAGGAAACACUGCAGCUGAUGAGGGCCAAGGAGAUCUGCCUGGAGCAGAGGAAACAUGGCCUGAAACAGGAGAUGCAAAACCUGCAGGAGGGAGAGGAUGCCAUGUUGCGGUUGGACCAGAUGGAGGCGCUGUACUAUGAGCUCCAGCUGCAGCUCUAUGACAUCCAGGCUGAGGUGCUGCGCUGUGAGGAACUGCUGCUCAAUGCCCAGCUCACCAGUCUACGCAGACAGAUCACUGAGCGCCAGGACGAGGUGGUGUAUUAUGAUGCGUAUGAGAGUCCUGAUGCCAUGCAGGGGGUGGAGGAACCCUCAGCUCCCCCUCCCUCCCUCCGAGACGAGUUUAGCCAGCUGCAGCAGAGGACCAGACAGCUAGAGGCACGCAGGGGACGCAUCACCACCAAGAAGGUCUACCUUAAGAACAAAAAGGAGAUCUGUAUCGUCAACCACAACCAGAAGAUACAGCAACGCCAGGGUAGUCAGGACGACCAGACAUCACAUCAAGCGCUGCAACAGCGAGAGGAGGAGCAGGAGGAAGAGGAGGAGGAGAGGAGUAACACCAAAAUGAGUCUGGAUAGAUCAAGAACUCUGGACAGACUACGCAGCUUCAAACAGCGUUUCCCUGGUCAGGUGACUCUGAAGUCCAGCAGACUGCUCAUGUCUCACAGCCAGUCCCGGAAGAAAACCAUCUCCUCCUCCCCCCUCUCCCCUGCGGGGAGGCCUGAGACCCUAGCUGCCAGCGUCCAGACAGACACCGCUGACCUCUCAGAGCUCUCUGCCCCCUCCUCUCUAACUCCUCUCUCAGCGCUCCCGUCCUCUGCACCUCCACCACCUCCUCCUCCUCCACCCCCUCCCUCCUUAGAGGACCUCUCCAGUGAAGGAGGGGAGCAGGCUCACCCCACUAGCCCAGUUCGGCAGUCCAAGGCUGGGUUGGAUUCAGAGCCUCUCCCUCUGGCUCCUUUCUCCCCACGGUUCUUUGACAGCAGUCAGCUGCAGACAGCCAGGAAGAAACUGAAGAAGACCGCCUCACUGGACUCCUCACAGUGGAGGAGAGCGAGUUCCCCCAUGGACGAGGUCCUGAACUCCCUCAAGCGAGGCAGCUUCCACCUGCGGAAGGCAGAGCUCCGGGUCCUAGCCCCCGAUCCAGACGAUGACGAGAGCAACAACAUCCUGGCCCAGAUCAGGCAGGGCGUUAGGCUGAGGAAGGUGCGGACGCGACCGGACCAGCAGCGGCACCCCAAGGGCUCGUUCCCCCACUCUGCCGACGCUUUGACCCGCUCCAUCCACGAAGCCCUGAGACGCAUCAAGGAGGCUUCGCCCGAGUCCGAGUCUGAGGAUGAGGGCCUGCCCUGCACCGACUGGGACUCUGACCUUUGAUCUCAGCCUGCUACUAUCUACUAUUUCUGGCUCCACACGGACAGACCCAGAAAGCGGUGAGAUGUUUCCUGGUCUUUUUUAUCUUCAGAAAAUAGGUCAGAAGUAACUUUUUCUUACUGUUUCUUCUCGUCUUUGAAAUGGACCACUAGCCUUUCCUCCUGCUUUUCUAUGUUGUGCUCCUCCUGCUCUAUCCCAAGUCAAGCACAUUGAGAUCCUUGUGAUGGAAGUCACUAUGGAAAUAAUAUUCCUUCAUUGUCCUGUACCAAGUGGGGGAAUAAGGGCCCCUUGUCAGUGCACCGACUAGAAAGCCAGGGUUCUGGGAUCCCGUAUGUAGACUGAACUAUGAGGUUGGAGAGUUGAACUGUAGGUUGCUGUGGUGUGUUUGCUUUUACAUGUGACAGGAUUGAGCGUUUUCUUCAACCCCCUGCAGAAUAAGGUGUGUUAUUGCUUGGCUGGAACAAAAGCUUGCACCCACAUGGGUGAGCUUGGCCACCCCUGAUAUUGGGGUUGAGAAGUCAUGAUGAUGUUCUCUGUAAGAUCGGAGCCCUGACAGCCAGCUGAAGUAUCCAGCUCUACACAGGUGUCAUUCAUUCCAAAUACCAUAUUAAUAUUCAUGAAGUGUGUUGUUUCUGUUGACAUUUUUUAACUAUUACCUUUUACGGUCAUUUUUAUUUCGAAAGGUGUUUUUUUUUUUUUUUACUGCCUUGUUUUUACUGCUAUUAUUUUCCAAGCGAGUCCACUAGUAGCGGUUUUACCAGGAGUCGCUUCAUGUUUUAUCUACGUUUGACUAUUUUAUCCGUUUUUAUAUCUAAGUGUUGUCAAAACUGAAACGAUUCUUGCACUGUAUGAAGGACACAAUGAAGAAAGAAUGCUGUACUGUUAGGAACUGAAGGACUGAGAGUGCACAACUGCUGUCCAAAUUGUUUGGCCAGGUCAAAGGUCGUAGUACUGUAUUUUUCCAGCACCAUCUUCAGUGGUCUUGAAAAACAGUCACAUAGAAAUGUAUGGUGCUGAUAUGAUUGUCUGUCAUAUAGAAUAGGGAUCCUGUCAGCUCCAUUCAUCAUAUUUCUGUGUGUUUACCUCACUGAAUCCACUAGUGGUGUGGUAACUAACCUCAGUGAGUUAGUGGACUGAGCAUAUGGAGCUCAUGCUGUGUCUUUAUGGCAAGUGGUCAAAAUCCAAUCAUGUGACUUUCUGCAGCAUCCAGAUCUCUGGCUGCGUCUCAGUAUGAAGUGGGUUCCUCGUCUCCUCUCCAUUUGCACUGAUCUAUAAAGCGUGGGUAGGUGACAGCAACAUAGUGGAAUGACUCAGUGGAAUUAGCUUUCCACUUUCUUAGUGCAGAUGGAGAGAAGUUUAAGAGUCUAGAGGCAGUCAUUUUAGUUAUGAGAUGCCCUCCUAGUCCUGUCUCAUGUUCUCGGUAGACAGGUUUUUACAGUAUGUAUAUCUGUUGGGAAAUCACUCGUUUUCAUCAUUGUAUUUAUGUAUGUUUUCUUUUAUACAUAUCUUUGUAUAAUCCAAAUGUAUUAGUUUCCAUUUUUAGCCAUCUAAUCUUAUGUCUACAGUUUGACCUAUGACCUUAUGCAUGUGGCUGGCCUGGUCUGAUUUGAAGAUGAAUCUGUCACUAGAUAAGUGCAAUAUUAAACUGAAAAAUGUAUUAUAAUGUAAUCAAGUGUACAUCCUGAAAAUACAUUGGCAUGCUUAAAAACGUAUUUAUUGAGUAACUUUUGUUUUAAGAAAUGGAGUAAGGAUUUCUAAAGCAAUACCACACAAUUUAAUGUGCUUUUUUUUUUGCAUUUGACUCGUCUUUUCCCGUCAUCGCAUUCCUAACUGCUUUAUAUAUAUCCCAGUUAUUUUUUCCCCCUUCAAAAUAAAACAAAGUACCAAAAUGUC